CACCACCAAGGCUCCUACUUUCCACAGUUUCUUCACGGGGUCGUAUCCUUUUCUUCCUCUUCUUGUUCUCGCAAUUCGCGCCCUUUCUUCUCUUCCUCUAUCCACGAUUCUUGAUAAAACUCGCUAAAUUCUCGAUAUCCUGAACGUUUUAUCUGUAAAAAGAAAAAAAUACUAAGAGUGAAGGAGAACCGAUAAAAAUUGACACAUUGAAGAAGAGAUGUCGACGGAAGGCAGUUGAAAGUUGGAAAAGCUCAAAGUUGAUAGCAGUGGAAGCGAUAAUGCGAACACUCUGUGAUGUUUGUGAGAGCGCUGCAGCGAUCAUCUUCUGUGCCGCAGACGAAGCUGCUUUAUGCCGUGCAUGUGACGAAAAGGUCCAUACAUGCAACAAGCUUGCUAGCAAACAUGUUCGAGUUGGGUUGGCUGAUCCCAGUGAUGUUUCCCGCUGUGAUAUAUGUGAAAAUGCACCUGCUUUCUUUUACUGUGAGAUAGAUGGUAGUUCGCUGUGUCUGCAAUGUGACAUGAUAGUACAUGUUGGUGGUAAAAGAACCCAUGAAAGAUAUCUUCUGUUGAGGCAAAGAGCUGAGUUUCCAGGGUACAAACCUGGUCGAUUGGAAGAACUAGGGCUGCAACCCCUUGAUCAAAAUGGACUAAAGAAGGACCCAAGUCAUCCCCUUCUUAUAACAAGAGAAGGCCAGCAGAACCAUAGAAUCUCACCUACUCCAAUUCUAGAAAAUAAUGUUGAUGAUCAUGGAAAGAUGGAUAAAAAACUAAUUGAUCUUAAUACUAGACCACAGCGGUUAAAUGGACCAACAUCAAACAAUCAGGAACCUGAACAGGAAUCGGCCAUGGAUAUUUCUAGUGGCAAUAACAAUGAAUCUGUGGUACCAGUAGAAUCCUUCAAACGUAGGGCUGAGGAGAAAUAAAGGUAUUCUUGGGCUGCUGAUUUGCACAUCCUGCAUAUUGACGAGAUUAAGAAUUCACAACCUUCCAUAUCCAUUUAUCUCCACCAUUUAUUCAGUUAAAUUAAUCCCCGUGAGAAUUUUACUAAAUGAAGAGAAAUUUUAGAGUUGUAACAAAACGAUCUCUCAAGACAAUAGACGGGUUUGUGCCGUUAAACUCUCAUGAAGUGAAUGCUAUUUGUCAUCUCCUGAAUA